GCUUCGGACCUUCCAUGCCCGGCAGGGACUUGCCGGGGCUUCGGCUUGAGGGAGAGGGGAUUCGCCCCGCCGUUCCUCCGCGUGCUCCAGUCCGGGGAUGACUCGCGGGGCGUAAAGAUGCUGCUUUGGAUCCUGCUGCUGGAGACGUCUCUUUGUUUGGCCGCCGGGAAUGUUACGGGGGACGUUUGCAAGGAAAAGCUCUGCUCGUGCGCCGAGGUCGAGGGCGACCUGCACGUCGACUGCGAGAAGAAGGGCUUCACCAGCCUGCAGCGCUUCUCGGCCCCCACCUCGCAGUUCUACCAUUUGUUCCUGCACGGCAAUUCCCUCACGCGCCUCUUCCCCAACGAGUUUGCGAACUUUUACAAUGCGGUCAGCCUGCACAUGGAGAACAACGGCUUGCACGAGAUCGUGCCGGGGGCUUUCCUGGGGCUGCAGCUGGUGAAGCGGCUGCACAUCAACAACAACAAGAUCAAGUCCUUCCGCAAGCAGACCUUCCUGGGCUUGGACGACCUGGAGUACCUCCAGGCGGACUUCAACCUGCUGAGGGACAUCGACCCGGGCGCCUUCCGGGACCUGAACAAGCUGGAGGUGCUCAUCCUCAACGACAACCUCAUCAGCGUCCUGCCGGCCAACGUGUUCCAGUACGUGCCCAUCACCCACCUGGACCUGCGGGGCAACCGCCUCAAGACCUUGCCUUACGAGGACGUCCUGGAGCAGAUCCCGGGCAUCGCCGAGAUCCUGCUGGAGGACAACCCUUGGGACUGCACGUGCGAUCUCCUCUCCCUGAAGGAAUGGCUGGAGAACAUCCCCAAGAACGCCUUGAUCGGCCGGGUGAUCUGCGAGGCCCCGACCCGGCUGCAGGGCAAGGACCUGAACGAGACCACCGAGCAGGAGCUGUGUAGGAAGAACCGCGUGGACUCCAGCCUGGCCGCUCCCCCAGCGGAGGAGGACACUUUCGACCCUGGGCCCAUCCCGACCCCAUUCAAGGUCCACGGCAAGGAAGACCUGGCGACGCCCGGCUCGGCUCCGCACGGGGGCACCAAGAUCCCGGUCAACUGGCAGCUCAAGACCAGACCCACCGCCGCCGGCUCGACCCUGGCCGUCAAGGGCAAGUCCUCCAGCAGCACCCCUUGCCCCGCCACCUGCACCUGCCACCAGAUCCCGGGAGGCUUCAAGGUGAACUGCAACGACGGCAACGUCAGCAGCCUGGUGGAGCUGAAGCCCAAGCCCGCCAACGUGCACGAGCUCUUCUUGAGGGGCAACAAGAUCCACACCAUCCGGAAGUCGCACUUUGUGGAUUACCGGAAGCUCAACCUGUUGGACUUGGGCAACAACAACAUCGCCACCAUGGAGAACAACACCUUCAAGAACCUCCUGGAGCUGGUGUGGCUGUACAUGGACAACAACUACUUGGACAUUCUCUCUCGGGAGAAGUUCAACGGCCUGCAGAACCUCGAGUACCUGAACAUGGAAUUUAACGUCAUCCAGCUCAUCAUGCCGGGCACUUUUAACGCCAUGCCCAAGCUGAGGGUCCUCAUCUUGAACAACAACCUGCUGAGGUCCCUCCCCGUAGACGUCUUCGCCGGGGUCUCCCUCUCCAAGCUCAGCAUCCACAACAACUAUUUCCUCUACCUGCCCGUGGCGGGGGUGCUGGACCAGCUCACCUCCAUCACCCAAAUAGACUUACACGACAACCCCUGGGACUGCAAGUGCCCCAUCGUCCCUUUCAAGCAGUGGGUGGAGAUGCUGAGGCCCAAAGUGAUGAUGAGCGACUUGAGAUGCGAGACGCCCGAAGAGUUUUUCAAGGAGGACUUCGAGUCCCUCUCCAACGAGGCCAUUUGCCCUCAGCUCAAAAUCCUGCCCACCUUGACUUCCACCCAUAAGAACAGCACCGGGCUGGCCGAGACUGGGACUCAUUCCAACUCCUACCUAGAGACCAGCAGGGUCUCCAUCUCGGUGCUGGUGCCUGGCCUCUUGUUGGUCUUCGUCACCUCUGCCUUUACGGUGGUGGGCAUGUUGGUCUUCAUCCUGAGGAACAGGAAGCGCUCCAAGAGGAGGGACGCCAACUCCUCAGCCUCGGAGAUCAACUCCUUACAGACAGUCUGUGACUCCUCCUACUGGCACAAUGGACCCUACAAUACAGACGGAGCCCACAGGGUCUAUGACUGUGGUUCUCACUCCAUAUCAGACUGAGACGCCAGAAUGGG